AUGUCACACGAGUCUUUCUCCGCUUUCGUAAAGGCAAGUGUGUAUUAUUCGCCCAUUGCACAACCACACAGAAGUCCGCGGCCUCAAUCUGCUAACGUUUCUUUGCCUUCACCAACGCCGCCGGCUACGCGCUUAUAUGCUGGCACAGGACCGUUGCCAAUCGUAGAGGGGGAUGUUCUGGUCCCUCCAAAGCCGGCUCCAAGGAAUCUCGCUGCAAACUACGCAGCAACUGCCGCAACGGCAACGACCCUUUCGGAGACUCCGAGACUGGACAGGGAAGCCACUCACAAGCAGGUUUCGCGUCCCUGGAGGGAGACACCGCCGAAGGCUCUGAAUUCGAACUCGGGAUGGAAGAGUGUGAAGGGUGCUUUGCUGGCGUUGCAGAAGGACAAGAUUUCGGAUCUCGUGAAGCAGCGGUCCCAGGUCACCCGACAGGUGCGAGAUCGAAUUCAAGCCUUUGACAAGCGAGUGGCUAUUUUGUCGAGUGGCGGCAGAAAAGUUGCUGCCAACGAGUCUGCGGAGAAUAAUUCUGCCGGAGAUGCAGGUGACUUCGGCAGGUUGGAGUCCAGAUGGUUUGCAGACGACGAAAACGAGGCUGAUGAGUUGGAAGGAAUUCCCGGGAUGCCCUUCAAGGUGACCGGAUGGUCGUCUCAGCGAGGAAAUUUCCCUGCAUUCAAUCUGCUUGGGACGUCCAGCUGCUGGCAAAGUGAGAUUGGAAAGACGAGGGACCAGCAUCUAAGCUUUGAAGUGGAAGACAUCCCUGCACCGGUUGUCGCCAUACAGAUGGAGGUCGUCACUAAGGAAGUGACGCCAAAGAGGUGCAGGAUGAUGUUCUCCACAAAUUCACCGACUGGUCCCUGGCAAACUGCGUGGACGUUUACUGUGCCAGAGAAUGUGGCUGAGAAGGGCUCAACGAUUUUCUACAGGGCGAAGGAGGACAUGAAAGAACAUGCCGAGUCUGCACCAUGGUGGCGCCUCGUGAUCCUUGACAACUAUGGCUCCCAGGCUUGCGUGGCCAUUGCGGCACCCCUAAAGUUGCUGGUCUCGGCGAGAGGCGAGCACAUGCGAAUGAAGCAAAUCAAGCGGAACACGAUCACUUUUCUGGAAGACUCCUUCUUCGCGCAGAAACACCUGAUGAGCAACUUGACAGCGGAGGAGCGAUUUGAUAGGCGGUUGGCAACGAAGUACAACAUUGAGCCAGCUUUCAUACAGAAAGCCCACCAGCACUUCGACACAGCGGAGAACAGGAAGACAGGUCUUUGGACCAAGAAGGAUUUCAGUCACUGGCUGCUUGAGUUCCUUCCACCAAAGGAACGAUCAAAACUUGCUCCUGAGCGGAUGACGUUCUAUUGGAACCGAUUGGACAAGGACGAGCACAACUGCGUGGACUUCGAAGAGUUCGUGAUUUUCUUACAAGCCCUGACCUCCACGGCUGCUAAAUAUUCCAAAAGCAUCCCCGAGUUCCUUUUCCCGGAUCUGGUCAAGCAAGCAGAGGGAUUUGACAAUCUUGGCGAGGAGGGCCCAAAGGGCCCUGUGAUGCCCUCGGCCAGCAACAGCCAGGAGAGCAAGUCAAGGGCGAGGCAGUCAGUCCUCGGCUCCGAUGACCUCACUGCUAUAGCUUCACUCUCACGAUCGCGAGCGCGGACCAGUAUCAAUGCACAGCAAGGGCCUGCGCCCAAUCUCGACGAUCUGGAUACGUCGCUACUGGCACCACGGCGAAGUAUCAAGUAG